GAAUACUUAAUCGUACAAAACCUGCUCGCUAGCGGUCACAGUGAUUCUCAGGGUACUCAAUGGUGCACCAACCUGGUAGGACUAAAGACGGGAGCCAAGCGAUUCCUCUUGGAAACCUUCUCAAACAGCCUCACCCCACCCCGCCCCCAAGCAUAGUUCAGCACCAUGACUGCUCCUCUCCUUGUCUUUGAUUUGCAGUGUGCGCAAGUUAGUAUCUGUGACCUUAUCUCCAUGCGCAGAUUUAGGCAGCUAUUCCGUUCUGUUACGACCCUGUCGGGAGUAGCCUGCAAAGUUUCCCUCUCAUGAUCGCAUCGGAGAUGACAAGAUGCUGAGCUUGACUUGCAUUAUUACUUCCAAUCCAGAUUCAGACGAGGUUGCAACCUUCCCACUUGAACAAGUAUAACUCUAGAAACAACGCCCUUCUUGGAUUGAAAGCAGGAACAACUCACCCACCUUCGAACACCGACUCGAUUCAGACCUUACGAUGGACAUGCCCACCACCACACUCCAUUCUCAUGGCGCCGAGCCCAUGCCGGUUGUCUUCCACACCAAGAUGGCAACAGCGUUAUUCUCUGAAGCGUGGACACCUCGGACACCAGGACAGUACGCCGGCACUUGUCUCGCCCUCAUCAUUUUCACCAUAAUUUUGCGCACUAUGAUCGCCUUUAAAAACAUGUUGGAAGCGGCGGUCUGGGGCCGCGGGUCUGGGAAGGGCAACUCCAGAAUCGACGAGGAAGUCGGCCAUAGAGAAAAGCCAUCUCCUUCUACAUCAAAGUCAAUCCUUUUGAGAGUCGCGCUUGCUGCCUAUGAGGUUGUCACCGCCCUUCUGGGAUAUCUCUUGAUGCUGGCGGUGAUGUCUAUGAACCUGGGGUAUUUCUUGUCUAUACUUCUUGGUGUGUUUGUCGGAACACUCUGCUUGGGAGGCAUUGCCCGCAGCACAACAUUUGAUCAUUGUUCUUGAUAUCCAAGCAAGAAGUUGGUUAAGGGUUCUCGGAGGGGGCAGGGGUCUUCUUCUGGUUAUAACUGCAGGAAGCUUGGUACCUCUUUCUGCCAUCACACAAAGGAGUUGGCCAUAGCCUGCAAGAGUUGUUCGCCAGCUGAUACAUAAUAAACGAUGAGUACUAGUCAAAAUUGCGAUGACAUCUAGGCGGUCGGGUGUGUUGUCAAAACCAAGUGAUCAUGGCCUUG